AGUGAUGCUUGUCAGUUGUCCUCGAAACGAGUUUUGGGAACAAGUGAGUCAAGUUCACAACAAACUAAUUGAGGAAGAUGGGUUCAGAUUACAAAGCAGUGGUCGACUCGGCGAGACGGACUUUCGAUUCCGGUAAAACCAGGGAGAAAUCUUGGCGCAUUGCACAAUUACAGGGUCUCAAUCGACUUUUGAUUGAGAAUGAAACGCUUCUAUGUGAUGCUCUCUACAGAGAUCUCCAUAAAUCUCGGAUGGAGUCCAUGGGAUCCGAGGUGGAUUUCGUGAAAAAUGACAUCAUCGGAGCUCUUCGGGACCUGGACGAGUGGAUGGCUCCAAAACCUGCCCGCAAAACGCUUCCAACUCUCUUGGACUCCUUAAUGGUUGUUCCAGAACCUUACGGAGUGGUUCUGGUGAUUGGAGCUUGGAACUACCCGUUGAACCUGACUCUAACACCCCUGGUUGGAGCCAUUUCUGCGGGAAACUCGGCCAUUUUGAAGCCCUCAGAGCUAUCUCCACACACUGCUCGUGCCUUGGAACAACUCAUUCCGAAAUACUUAGACAACGAGUCGAUCAAGGUUAUCAAUGGAGGCAUUCCGGAGACCACUUCCCUUUUAAAACAACGUUUCGACUACGUAUUUUACACCGGAAGCACACAAGUGGGAAGGAUCAUUCGACAGAGCACGAAUCAGUUUUUGACCCCUUGUACUUUAGAGCUGGGCGGCAAAAGCCCAAUCUAUGUGGAUAGUACGGUUGAUAUCAAGACCACCGCUAAGCGACUGCUUUGGGGGAAAAUUGUGAAUGUGGGACAAACCUGCAUUGCUCCGGACUACUUGCUUUGCUCCAAAGAUAUCGAGAAGCAACUCAUUGCCGAGUUCAAGCCUUUGCUGGCCCAGUGGUUCCCCAAAGGUGCCAAGGCCUCCCCUGACUAUGGACGGAUUGUGACAAAAAAUCACUUUGAGCGUCUGAGCAAACUCGUCAAGAGCUCUUCCGGCAAAGUGGUAUUAGGGGGGGAACAAGAUGCAGCUGAGCUGUUCAUGGGCUUUACCGUCCUCACCGAUGUCUCACCCAAGGACGCCAUCAUGCAGGAGGAGAUUUUCGGACCCAUUCUCCCCAUAGUCAAUGUCAAUUCAGCUCAGGAAGCCGUGGACUUCAUCAACGGACGUGAAAAGCCUCUUUCACUCUAUUUGUAUUCAUAUGAUAAGAAGGUCCAAGACCUGUUCAUUUCACGGACAUCCAGUGGGGGAUUGACCAUCAACGAAUGCCUAUUGCAAUUAAGCAUCGACUCCCUUCCAUUUGGGGGAGUGGGGAAUAGUGGUAUGGGCGCUUACCAUGGCACGGCUUCGUUUGAAACCUUUAGUCACGGCAAAUCCGUGCUCAUCCGGGAUUUGGGAUGGUUGGGCGAGACUUUGGGAUCCGUGAGAUAUCCUCCGUACACAACUCGAAAUGAGACCGUGAUGAAAAUGCUCUUGAAGAACCGAAAGUUGCCGUCCUUGGGCGUGCUCGGAUAUGUGGGUAGCUUUGCGCUCGGAGCUCUAGCUACCACGUGGGGCAUGGUUUCGUCGUUCAAGGAUAUGUGGGCAUAAGAAUGACACAAAGCAUGACACAGAGAUAAAGAGAGACAGACAGAAAAUAUACGACCUCUAAUCGACGCCUCA